UCACACAUUCUUAUUACUCACAGGUGCUUCUUCUUAAAUUAAAAUUUUGAAUAUUAAUCAUGGAAAUUUCCCUAAAAUAAAUGAACAUCGCACGUUUUAGACACACACCACAUCACUUUCUCAACUUCCCUCUUUACAUUUCCAGAAAAUUCGCAAUGGAUGCUGGUAAAGAGAUCAGAUACAAAGAAACAUUUGAUUCCAGUGCCAAAAGUACUUUUGCUGAAGGCCUAAUCCCUCAUAUUCUCCGUUUAUAUGGAUCAACUGCCACUGCUCGUGAUUUUGAAAUAUAUGCUCCGGACGCUUCCUUUGAGGAUCCUCUUAUGCGUGCACACGGGGUGAAGCAGAUCAAAUCCGCAUUCUAUUCUCUUCCCAAGGUAUUUAGUGAGUCAAAGAUUGUGGAAUACAGUAUUAAAGAAAAUAUGGUUUCACCAGGAAAAGGAGAGAUAUUAAUUGACAAUAAGCAACACUACAAAUUUUUGGGGAAGGAUAUUGAGAUGGUAUCGCUAAUCAAGUUGUCUGUUGACGAGGGUAAAGUUGUUCGCCAUGAGGACUGGUGGAACAAAAAACCAAUUUCAAAUCGAGAAACGGUAAAGCUGCCAUUGCUUGGCCGAGCUGCAGAAAUGACUCGCAGGGGAUCAAUGCUGGCAACUCAUUUGUUUAUGAGGUUUGGGAAAGACCCAAAAACGUGUGAAUAAUUAGAAUUCAUCACAAAUAUCUUAAGCUUCAUUAUACACGGGUCUGUACAUGAAACAAGAUACUUGGUGUUGCUGGCAAAGUUGUGUAUAGUAUAUUCGUUCUCGUAGUGUUGAUGAAUGUUGAACUUUUCUGUGAAACUUAGAAGUUUCAAAUCCCAAAUAAGUAUACAUAUAGUUAUCUCCUAUAUGUUAUUUAUUAUUCAAAACAUAUUCAUGCCAUACUGUGUAUAUGGUGUUUUUUUUUUUUGUUAUGGGCAAUUUUUUUUUCUA